CUCAGCACUUCCGCCCCCACGUCCUUAGAAGGGAAACCCCUAGUCUAAGAAGGUCGCCAUGACUCUCAUACUGACGGUUUCCGAGGCUUCAGUCUGAGACAAUAUGUCAUCCUGAGACAGAGCUGAAGCCUAAGCAAGGCUCGUGUUACGGAAAAUGACCCAAGUUAAGGAACGCCUCAAAUAUUCCUGGGCUCUUCGUGGUCUUCUAUACCUACGGCAGCUGAGCCCCGAGGUGGGUCUGAGGCACACAGGCACUGUGCCCAGAAAACAGCACCCAACACCCCUGCCCCUACCUCCCAGGACACCCAAAGAAGAGCAGCCACUAUGCACCUCCCUGAAAGCCUACACAACCUGGCAGACAAUGAGACCGUGCGCUUUCUGAGGAGACCAAAGAGCAUCUCAAGGAUCUUCGGAGGGGUCUUUUCCCUCGUCAUCUUUUCCUCUCUACUAACUGAUGGUUACCAGAACAGAACAGAGUCUCCUCAGCUCCUCUGCGUCCUGAACAGCAGCCACGUGGCCUGUAGCUUUGCAGUAGGAGCUGGCUUCCUGUCCUUUCUCAGCUGCUUGGUCUUCCUUGCUGUAGAUGCCCAUGAGAGCUGCAUCGUAGGCACCCGAUUUAAGACAGCCUUCCAGCUCUUGGACUUCAUUCUGGCUGUCCUCUGGGCAGGUGUCUGGUUUGUGGCCUUCUGCUUCCUAGCCAGCCAGUGGCAGCAUUCGAAGUCCACGCACUUCCUCUUGGGGAACAGCAGCGCCAAGGCAGCCAUUGCCUUUUCUUUCUUCUCCGUCCCUGUCUGGAUAUUCCAGGCCUACCUAGCCUUCCAGGACCUCCGAGAUGAGGCUCCAGUCCCCUACAAGCGCUCCCUGGAGGAGGGUAGUGUGGUGCUGAACACCUUCUCUCCGUCAUCCACCACUAGCCCUGCCAACCCUCCCAUCACAGGCCCCAACAGUCUGAGUUACAGCAGCUCAGCCCUGUCCCCCUACAUGACUACUCCAAAGGCCCCACGCCUGGCUAUGAUGCCAGACAGCUAAACAGCCUAUAUCCAUGAGUAAAUAGCCCCCUCUGAGGGGUUUCUGAACAACCCUG